UAUAUGAAUACUUUUUAAAUGACAACACGCAUUUCAUUGGGAGAAUACAUACUGUAUUAAAUAUCUUAAACAUUGGGUUUAGUGUUCUGAGUAAUGUAAAGCAUGUUAUAACUUCUAUUCGAGUUGGAGAUACAUACGUGUAUGAUGCUGUGAUGUUAUGAUCUUAAGUUAAUGAGUAUUGUCAAAACCGGAAACACUUUGACAAAUUAAGUUGUACAUUAACAAAUGCUUCUUGACUUUCUUUCAGUUCAGGACUGUGUGAUAGUGACAAUAUGUGUUUGUUUGGUAUAUUAGGAGUGCUCAUAGUUUUAAAUAAGUCAACACACGCUGAGAAUUACAGGGUCAGUAAAGACUCAACGGAAUGGCUUCAUGCAACAUGUAACAUGGCUGCGCCACAACUUUCUUACAAGAACGUCUUCUUUGAAGUGAAGGAAACCAGAGGCAAACUACAGACCUCAGAUGUUUGGAUAGGCUAUGUAACAGCUAAAGUUCCAUUUUACUUCCAUGGUUGCGCCGUCGUUCAGAAUGAGACACCAUACACAGUAACUAGUAUCGGUUAUUGCAAAAGUUUGUGUGUCAAUUCAACACUAUUUGGAGUACAGACAAUUAAAAUUCAAAAUAUAGUUAACCCGACGGUACCAAUGAACUGCCGCUGCGUCACUAGAUCUAUGGAUGCAAUUUCAUUUGGAAAAUGUGAUGGCACACGAUGUGAAGAAGGCUGUUAUGCUGUCUUCUCUCAAAUCACAGCAAUUGGCUACAUAAAAGACACGGGAAGUGAUGGAGAUUGCCUUGCUUACUACAAAGCGGCAUUCAGUUGGCAAGCCUGUACAAGGUCAGACUCGAUCAAGUCAUUGUGUAGUACCAACAUAGCUACAGAUGCAUCUGCAAUAGCAAUAAUAGGUGACCACCGGGCAGACACAUGGAGCAAAGGGAAUGCGGUUUGUUUGGACGCCGACCGGUUUCCAGCGACCCUCGCAAGUGUGAACAAUACCAACUUAUAUGAUUAUGAAGAUUAUAAAAUACAGCAAUACUACUGGACGGGAAUUAUCAGAGCAAACACCUUGCUCAGAAGAGACUCGAUUGACAGCACCUACCAUAGUAAUGUAUCAUACGGAUUCUUGGAUAGAGACACCGGGGAAUUAAAUUUCACAAGCAAUGGAUUCAAACCAGCUCUAUGUGCAUCAGAAGGUCCAAUAGAUGAUACAGCAUCAACUGAAAGUCAUACGACUAUUAGAGGUGUCACUAAAUCUUCUGAAAGUCAAACAACCAUGAGAGGCGUCACACAAUCAACAGAAGGUCAAGUUAUUAUAGAUGAUACAAAAGGGACAACAGUCCGAUCUGCAGAUGCGCUGGCAAUAGAAAUAGGUAUUGGAGUGACUGUGGCAGUCUUGAUCAUCGUUGUUGUUGUCAUCAUUGUUCUCAGACGAAGAAAAAGACUUCUACAACUAACGAACCACAAAAGCCCUGUGAUGAUGAGUGCUAACAGUGUCUCCAAAUCAAACUGUCGGGUAACUGUCGAAAAAGCUGUGCCCGACAAUAGCUUUCACGUAAAGGAGAAACUAUGCCCAUUGGAGGAAGAACAUCUCGACCAUAAGAGUACAGCAAACGUUUCAAAUAUAGCCAUUGUAGAUGCAAUCAUUUACCAUACUAUAAAUGAUGUAGAAGAACCGCGAGGAAACGUCACAGGCGACGCCAAUGAUUACGAUUACACAACGACUAAGGUAGUACAAACUGCGACGGAUCCGGACAAAGUUUAUAACAAACUAAAACUCGAACGUCGUGGUGAUUAUAACCAUGUAAAAGGUCAUUGUCAGAUGCUUGACCUACCAACAAGCAAUCACUAUGACACGGCUUCGGUAAGCGGCAAAGAAAAUACAACACUAUCACGCGUAAAUGAUGAUUACGACCAUGUUGGAGGUAAGGAACGUAUUCAUAUCGCAUCAACAAGCAACGACUACGACAUGACUGACUCUGCAAUGGCAGUCAGAUCUAGAUCUGCAUCAGCAAACGUUGACGAAGGUGAAUACAAUCACAUUUCAAAUCCGCCAUGACGAAAAUAAGACGUUGCCCCUUCAAUUUGCAGUGGCUAUGACGAUGAAGGUGCACAAUAGGUAAUGCAUUCUUAAUACGCAUUUCCCAUGUUUUAUGUUAGUAUGUAAUCACCCUACUCUGACAUUGAGCAUUUCCUUUAACUGUGUUAUAUAUUAAUACGUUAUGUAUUAAAACAUCGAGACAACAAUACAAGCUCGAUCCUAAGAAGAACCAAUUAUGAGAACUCUGGGCUUUAGAAUGGAACAGGGAUAUUAAAAACAUGCUUAUGGAGAUUCAGUACACCAACUUAUUACUGGCUAGUUUGUGAAUGUACUUAAACUAUUUUUUUUUUUAUAAAAUUUGUUAAUCCCGUAAAAUCGGUUUUUAUACGGAACGUGUUUAAUAAUUAUUUGUUAUGUUUGUAAUAAAUGUUUUUGCCGAAGUUAAGAAUGUAUAUUGUAUAAAUGUAGUUUAUGUUUAUAUUAAGCUGGGUUGCUAUUUUGAGCGAAAUUGCAUGACUCUCAUCCGAAUAUAUUCUUUAUUAUAUUUAUAUCUCUGACAAUUUAAAUCAACGGCACAAUAAAGUUGAUAUUUGUUUUAAUUUCAUUCACUUUUUCGAGCCUUAAACAGUAAUAAUUAUAUCGUUAUUGUUAUCAACCAAUCACGAGGUAGUUCAACGGCUAUAACAUUAACAUGCAUUGUCUUUUAUUGCUAUUUUAAUUAAAUUGUGAUGCGUUUAGGUUGGGUGGUAUUGUCAUUUAUAGUUUUACCAGCAACUCAGUGGAACAUUUUAUGUUUAGAGUUUUUAUAACGGGUUUUAACCACCAUUGCUUUGCAUCGACCUUCCAAUGCGGUGUUCCCAGUUUGAUUCAUGUAUUCGUGUUUGUUUGUGUUUUUGUCUAUAUGUGAAUCAUAUCGAGUAUGUUUGGUUUGUGUCAGACAUUAUUUGCAGUUGGUCAAUUGCUAUAAAUAAAGGAUCAGGUGCUCUUAUAUGGUUUCUCUUCUAAUGAUGCAGCUCAAUUGUUAGUAUUCUUAUUAAGAUGAGUCCGUAUUAAAGGAAUAUAUAUGUCA